AUGCGGCAAGCCUCAUCUGAGGUCAGUUUAGCCGGCGAUCAAAGCACGUUCAUGCGUUUGACCCGUGCUGGCACACUCCUCCUGCCUCCCGGGAGGGAUGGCCCAGUGCAGCCAAUAGUUCCUAUGGGUGCCAUCAUCGAGCAGUUGGGGUAUUCAUUGAGUUGGUCCGCUGGUUGUUGCAAGCUCUAUGCUCCAGAUGGUAAGGUGGUUCGGCUCAGGGUUCGUAAUGGGUGUCCCGAGGUGAUGGAGAGCCAGGCCUUAACCAUGAUUUCCAAGUUGGAGGAGCACAAGCUGCAACAGGUUGAUGAGCUGAGGAAAAGGACGCAGGAAGGAAAGGACAGGAUUCGUGAGGCCCGAAUCGCGUUGGACAAGACUUGGUGGGACCAUCUGGUUGAGUACGCCCGAGAUGGUAACCUCACCGCAGGGGAAAUGGCUAUUGCACAGGCUCCGUUCUUCAGUGAGGUUCCGGAGCAAGCGUUGCGUGGCAUUCUCCCGUCGGAAGAUGUGGACUCAUUUUGGCGAGCGCUGUCCGAGGCCUUUCCCAACCUCAACAGGAGGAGGAGGAAGGCGCUACAUCGUUCCACCAAAUGGGUUGUUCACUUGUUUGCAGGCCCUCAACCCCAUAAAGAGCUUCUCAAGCUGCAGUCGGAUGGAACGGUGGUGGUGGAGUUGGACAUCGCACGCUCCAGCAUCCACAAUCUGUACUCCGAACCACUUUGGAGGUUGUUGGUGAAAGCGGCGAGGGAUGGGCGCAUUGCAGCUGUGAUUGGCGGCCCUCCUUGUCGUACCAUGUCAGUUCUUCGGCACAAGCCCGGAGGUCCAAGGCCAGUGCGGUCCCCUGCUGAGCCGUAUGGUCUGAGCGAUCUUAGUGCUGCCGAGCGUGAGCUCGUAGACAAUGACACGGGCCUGUUUGCACGGAUGUUGUUCUUGCACGCAUCUGCGACAGCCGGGAGGCGUGUCCAUCGUCAAUCGGCGGAACAAUCGUCGCAGGUGGCAUUCUUGCUUGAGCAGCCUCAGCCAGUUGACCGCUAUCUGCCUCCGGGCCACACCUUGGUUGGUGAAGUCCCCUCGUUUUGGCACACGACUCUAUGGCAGGCCUACGCCUCAGAGGCUGGCCUGUUCGAGGUCGACUUUGACCAAGGUGCGUUGGGCCAUGUGACCACGAAGCCAACCACCAUUGGCACGAACCUCCCUGACCUGAGGGGCUUGCACGGCCUCCGGGAGGAGAGUCCUAAGCCAGCGUGGACAGGCGACUCAAAGGACUUAGCCGCGUGGGCGCCGCGCUUUGUUAGAGCCAUAGUGCAAGCACUACAGUGUUGGCCCCGCUACCAGCUAUGCCGCAUGAGUCCCGAGGACUGGCAACUACAUGUAGAAAAUAACCACGUUCCAUACCGUAGGGAUUGUGGGGUUUGCGUACGUGGCGCCGGCACCGGCCGUAGGCAUCAAGGAGUCGCACAUCCUGAUGUCUAUUGCCUGUCUGCCGACGUGGCUGGACCCAUCAGGGUCCCCGCAAAAGACCCCGAAGGUAGGAGCAAGCAUCCGCCGGUGUUCCGGUACUUCUUAGCGGCGUCGUAUCGUUUUCCUAAACUCCAGGGGACAAAGGACGAACCCAACCCAACGCAGGUUGAUGGGUUCGAUGACCCUUCACUCCACCCUGGCGGGGAGGACGAGUUAGCUGAUGUUGUUGUGGAAGGCCCGCCGGAGCCAGAACACCACCCUGACGGGGAGGACGUACUGCCUGAGGAUUGUUUAGGAUAUUGUCCUACAAGUGACGAGUCCGAUGCUCCACGCGUUGCAGCUGCGAAGGCCAAGGAAGAGCACCCUUGGGAGCACGCUAAGUGUGACUUUGAAGCUCCGCCCGGUUUAGCUAGGUUGGUGUUUGUUGUUCCGUUACACACGAACAAGAGUGAAGCGGUGCUAGAAGCACUGCAACAAGUGUUCCUGGAACUGCGCUCGUUGAACCUUCCUGUGUUGCGUUUCCACUCGGACAGAAGUCGGGAGUUCUUUAACAAAAGGACCCGUGCUUGGUUCCAUGAGCAUGGCGUGCGCACCACAACUGGGGAAGGAGACACGCCGCAGCAGAACGGAGCAGCCGAAAACACUAUCCGUUGGCUAAAGGCUAGGGCACGCACGCUUCUGGCACAGGCCGAGGUUGGAACGGAGCACUGGGCUUGUGCAAUGGCCACGGCAGCAUCGCAGCAACGAGCGCAACAGCUAGGCCUCAAGUCUAAGCUUGCCGCGCCGUUUGGGGCGCCGUGUUCCGUGAAGCUCAAGUUUUACGGACCUUCUAGGGGUGACUUAGGGGAUAGGUGGGUAGAGGGCAAGUACAUGGGUUUGUCGCCUUCUGUCAAUGAUGGCCACGUCGUCCUACGCAAUGAUGGAGUGGGGAACGGCUUUCUCCAAACACUCCACGUGCGCUCACGCCUCCACUCGCCAGAAAUGCCCGACCGUGUGUAUGAGGGCGAUGUGAGGGAGCCCGCGCCGCUCGAGCCAGCAAGGCGUGUGCGUGGGAAGUCUGCGCCAGCAGCUGGUGAGGCACCCUUGCCGCCGCCGCCCGUUCCGCCGCCGGAAGGUGAGCGUGCGUCGGAACCUGCCUUACCUCCACGUCGCGUCCGACUCCGUGAGAAGUCAAGCCUCGCAGUUCGUGAGUCCCGGUUGUCACCACUACCUGACGGUGAGUGUCCGCCUGAGCAAGCCUUGCCUGAAGGUUUAGGUGUAGUGGGUGAAGCCGUUGAGGAGGAGUUUAGGGCUAGCCGGUUUAGUGUUGUGGACCUUGAGGGUUUUGCCAAGGAGUUGCUGCUUGAAGACUGGGACCUCGAAGAGGCCAUGUGGGUCUUGGUCCAGUUCAGCCGUCUGCAGUCCCUUAAGGCCGGCCUUUACCGACAUGGUGGUGUAGUAGGCACCACAAGCGUUACAAACUCCCACUCUUGGCUCACAGAGCUUAUGGCAGCGACGCUUCUGUCUGUAAGCCCAGAGGCCGAAUUCACAAGUCUUUGGCUCUCAAACACUAACCCCAUGUCCCUGCAUGCAGACCAUAACAACGUAGAAGGGUCUGUUAACGUAGUCCUUCCACUCAAGCUCCCUCCUGAAGGAGGAGACUUGUGGGUAGAACUGCGAGCAGGAGAUGUCCUCCACGGGCCUGUUGAGCAAAGAAUUGACGGUGCAGGAAAGAAGUGGUUGGGCACAACGCACAGCCUGCAGAGAGGCAAGCCCUUCUACCUUGACCCCAAACGCCGUCAUGCAACCACUCCUCUUGAAGGUGAAAGGGUUGUGCUCGUAGCAUACACUGUAAACACCUUAGGGAAAGUCCCAGAGUCUGAGCUUCAAGCCCUGGAGUCCUUAGGCUUUCCGCUCCCUGCCUCAGCGCGCUUACCACUCACGACGCAGCAAGAUGUAAGGCGCCUAGACGUGUUUGACAUGUUCGAGGAGGGCCCCUUAGAGCUCGCAAGUGAAGACAGCUCAAGGGAAGCGCAGAAAGUAGACAAGGGCGGGGGUUGGAAGGAGACUCAAAAGGUUGAGGCUGGAACUGUAGAGCUAGAGGUGUCAUGGAACCUCAAGCACACCCCAGACUCUCACACAGCGCAGCGCGAGCAAGCAUUCUGCGCUUUGCAGACCCUGGAGCCACAACCCCCCACACAGGUCGAGGAGGAGCCUUGGCCAGAGCAGCCAGUGCAGUGGGAACUCUCCUUUCCAAACCCACAGACGGGUGAGUGGCUGUGUGCACUCCGGUCUGACGACCUGGACCCGCGUCUUUGCAAGUCCGAGCCAGUGUACACCCCGGACAUUGAGCAGCUGCUAAGUGGUCUAACUGAGCCACUGCAGAUAGUUCACACUGUUGACCCGCGAGAGGCGGAAAAGCACAGUGAGGAGUGGCUCCCGUCAGUCCACAAAGAGAUCGGGGUCAUAGAAAAGGCUGUGCACCGUUUGCCGCCUGGUGAGGUGCGAAAAGGGAACUGGCUUCACCGCACUGACGUGAGGGUCGUACCGGCAAAGAUGGUUUUCACAGUCAAACCGCCUGAUGUGCAAGCUAUCGCGCCCGGGAACGGGGAGCACGCAGCUCAGCCAAGCUUAUUUAAACGCAAGGCGAGGCUUGUUGCGUGUGGAAACCAUGCCCCUUCCACUGGCACCGAAAUCUACGCGUCAGGCGCUGCAGCAGAGUCACUUCGUUGCUUGGUGGUCAUUAGCUCGAAGAGGCGUUGGAUGCUAGGCAUCUUAGAUGUCACCUCAGCAUUCCUCCUGACGCCCAUCCCUCAGGGCGAAGGGUUUCCUGUGUUUGCUCUAACACCGCCACGCUACCUUGUGCGACAAGGUCUUGCGCAGGAGGGAGAGCUCUGGAUCCUCACACACGCCGUCUAUGGCCUCAGGGAGUCACCAAAGCUGUGGUCAGACUUUAGGGAUUCCCAGCUUUUGGCCCUUAGAUGCGUGGUCAACGGAGUUGAGUUGCAGCUACUCAAGGGCAAGUUAGACACGAACUGGUGGCGCAUCGUGCAAACCAGUGAUGGACAAGUCGUGGGAGGUUUAAUCACCUACGUCGAUGACUUCCUACUUGCUGGCUGUGUUGAAGUCAUCGAGGCCCUCGCCAAGGCCUACGCAGAGGAGCUGCUACGCCUCAACAACGUCAAGCCCACUGCGCUGGGUAAGAUCCCUUGCCCAAGGGACUUAGUGUCUUUCGACACUCUCCUGACGGAUGAGUCCCCCGCCGAGGAGUCAGUUCGUACAGCCCAGAGGCUGACCGGAGAAAUCUUGUGGCUGAGCCAGCGCACGAGACCAGAUCUCGCGUUCACCGCUUGUGUUCUUGCUACGUUGAGCACAAAGGCUCCUGAAAGGGCUGCACGCAUCGCUGAAAGAGCACUUGCCUACGUGCAGCAAACCAAAGCCUUUGCUCUCACUGCUGACGCAGAUGACACAGGCCUAGUGGCAUACAGCGAUGCCUCUUUUGCGCCAGACGGUAACCGCUCGCACACCGGCUGGGUAGUCUUCUUGCACGGAUCGCCUGUCUGCUGGCGUUCGGCCAGGCAGGCGUUUGUCACACUCAGCACUGCAGAGUCCGAGCUUGUCGCAGGACUUGAUGCUGUCGUUGCAUUGCAGUCAGCAGAGGCCAUGCUGGGUGAGUUUGGGGUCGUUAACUUAGGUAAGACCUUGAGGGUUGACUCACAGUCUGCGCUUGCCAUCGCCAUUGGCCAAGGUUCUUGGCGAACCCGCCACCUGAGGGUGCGCGCCAAUUAUCUCAGGGAGCAGUAUGAGACGGGCGAGAUCAUUCCCGUUUACUGCCCAGGUGUAGAGCAAGCCGCUGACCUUCUCACCAAGGUGCUCCCAUCUGCAAGGAUCAGUGAGCUCUUAGCGAUAUGGGGCUUGCUUGAGCACAGCCCGCAGUCCACUCCACAGGCUCCUCCCGAGGCGGAAGAGGAAGAAGACCUGGAGAGCGAGCCGGAGCCCCCGGAGCCCGAGCCGACCUUAAAAGACAUCCUCGAGGCCAUUCUAGUGGACGAGGGGGAGAGCAUCGAGUACGAGCUGGAUCCAGUGCCAAUGCUCGCCCAACGUGAUCCGCACACGGGGGUGAAGUCCAUCGCUCAUGAUGAGGGCAUCAUGAUCUUGAUGCUACCCGAUGGCCAGUCGAAUGUCUGCCUUCUCCCGGACGGCACGCGCAUCAUCAACACUGGCAGCGAUGAGGGUAACGAGGUCACUGUCGAGUCGGAGGGCUCCGCACGUGUCACCUGCUUCGUGAAGGACAAGGCGUAUGUACCCAGCUCUUCGGUCAAGGUCGAGUGCGAGGAUGGGACGACGUUUGAGGUCACCCCGCGGAGGCUCAACCUCAAAGCGGAGCUGGUUCCUUCAGAUCCGGCCCGCUUCCUUGCGAAACUCCGUGGCGAGCCCGACGAGGAUGUGGGCACUGCGCCCGACAAGCUGAACCUGGCGGCCGCCCAGCUGAACUCCAUGAAGGAGCACGAGUUCUGCCCCUGGGCGUGGACCUAG